CACCACCACAACUCUAACCUUUUAAAUUUCUUUUAUUUUCAGAUGGAAGAAAACCUCUUGGAAUUAAUUAACAAUAUCUCCACAUUCUUAACCUAUGGGUUAGAUGUUGAUGACAAAUUUGCGGUUGACAAGAAGCGCUUAUUCACCGAAGUACACAGUUUGAGACUCCUCACACAGGAGUGCCUUGAGAGUCUCUCCAAAGAUUGCAUUAACGAAAAUGAAGCUUAUGUAGACUAUUUCCGACUAGUCAAAAAGUGGUAUUGGCACCUGCUACUGCUGAUCACAUACAUAAACUAUACUCCAUGUGUAGACAGAUCCGACAAAAGCGCCUAUAUUCGGCAUUUAGGUGAAGAACUACUCAGCUCCAUUAGUGAAAUCAAUUACAUGGAUGUUAUUGAUCCAAGCGAGCGAUUUGUGGUUUUGGUGGGUGGCACUUUGAAUAAAAAAAUGGAAAACAACUCGCAAGGUUCCACUGAACAACAAGCGCCAAAAGAUUCUGAUCCUAGUGCCCGCUUUCAUCCCUCUUCAAAUUUCGGUCAGCGUACGUCUAAUAACCAUUCAAACUUUCAAAGACCCAAUCGCUCCUGGAAUAAUCGCCAAGGUAAUAAUAAAAUGAAUCGAAGUGGCCAAAGAUGGCCUUGA